UGGCUGUGAAUCACAUCCAGGAAAACUUAGAUGACUUUAGGUUUUAUUUGUAUGGAGAAAAUGGAUUACCCAUGACUGACACAGAAACUACCAGGUAUCUAAAUAAUUUAAGACAAUUAGGAACAUUUGCUGGGCAGGAAUCCAUACUAGCUUUAUCAAGAGUGUUAAAUUUGAACAUACUUGUAACUAUAGGAGGGGAUUCUCAAAAUCCAGUGGUUAAUACUUUAGAACACAAUUUUCACAACUCAGGUAAUAUUAUUCAUUUGGUUUGGACACGGGCUGGGGGUGGGCAUUAUGAAUCAGUAAUAGAAAAUCCAGCAUUAAAGGAACACACAGCUCCAACUGGGUCAUCGCAAAACACUGCCAGUGUUUCAGACAAUAAUACGGGUAAAAGCAGUUACAAUUGGAGAUCUGAUGCCAAAACUUGCAAACCUUUUAGUUUAGAUGUGCUGGAAGAUAUUAAAAGCCACAAAGUACAGAAUCAAAAUACUGAACAUUCAUAUGGUAGAGAGUAUGUUGACAAAGGUGAUAGUUCAAGGUCUCAGACAAAAUGCCCUAGGUGCAAUAGAAGUUUUUACAACAAAGCAACUAUGAUGCGUCACCAAAAGUUGGCUCAUGAGAAAGAAAAUGGCCAAAAAAUAUUGUGUUCUAUAUCCACAUGUGCUUUGAAGUUUCAUAAUGUGGAUACAUUAGUUGAUCACCUUCGAAAUUUUCAUGGAGCAUGUAUAGAUGUUGAAAGUCUAACUUUUGAAAGUAUUGAUUUAUUUGAACAGUUUAAAGAGCAGGAGAGUAUUAAAAUACACAGCAGAUAUGUAAAGCAGCGGAAAAAUAAAGUAAACAAAGAUGGCAGUCAGUCCUAUACUCUUGUGUGUCACAGGGAUGGGGUCAAACGUAUUCACUUAAAAAAGGGUAAAAGUUAUUUAGGAAAACGCAAAGAAAAUAUCAAAGGGUCUUGCAAAAUUCAGAAAUUGUGUCCUUCGAGGAUGUCGGUUAAAGUUAAGUCAGAUGGAUCUGUUCAGGUAAAGUAUAUCAAAUCGCAUACACACUCAUUGUCCUUUGAAGAAAGCAAAUUUUUGCCUUUACCAGAUUCUGUCAAGUCCGAGAUUUGUACAAUGUUAGCCCUGAAAAUACCAAUAAACACUAUACUUGACAGAAUACGAGAAAAUGUAGGUGAACGCAACGAACGUGACGACUUAAGUAAAUUAAAAUACUAUCAUUUGUUGGAUAGGAAAACUAUUCACAAUUUAAAGAAAACUAUUGUUGACUCAUCUGUAAUGAGACAUUCUGACGAUGCAACUUCAACCUUUUUGAAAGUUAAUGAAUUAAGAAAUGAAAUUUACAAUCCAGUAUUAGUGUACAAACAGCAGAACAUUGACGAUCCAUUGACAGGUCUACAGAAGGAAGAUUUUAUGCUUGCAAUAAUGACUAAACAACAGCUUGCAAUGUUUAAAAAAUUUGCUUCACUUAUACUUUGUAUGGAUUCAACCCACAAGACAAAUGUUUAUUCUUUUAAAUUGAUAACUCUCUUGGUUUUAGAUGAAUUUAGGCAUGGUUAUCCUGUGGCAUUUUGUGUUAGCAAUAGAGAGAGUGAGGAUGUAAUCUCUGUCUUUUUGAACUCAGUCAAAAUGAAAUCUCCUAAUACUAAAGUUAAUAUACUGAUGACAGAUGACGACAAUUCAGGAAUUGUUGAGAAAACUUCAGGAAUCUAA